AUGAAGUUUAGCAGCAUCCUGUCCGUCGGCCUCCUGGUCGUGUCGCCCCUGGCUGCGGCCUGGAGCAAGGAGGAUCGCGAGAUUUUCCGCAUUCGCGACGAGAUCAAGGCCCACGAGGCGAACCCCGACCUGACCUUCUACGAGCUUUUGGGCGUCAAGAACUCGGCCACCAUUGACGAGAUCACCAAGGCCUAUCGCAAGAUCUCUCGUACCCUCCAUCCGGACAAGGUCCGCCAGCAGCUCAUCGCUGAGCGCACCAAGGCCAAGAAGAAGGCCACCAAAGAGCCCGGCGUCAACGUCCAGAAGCCCCCUACCCAGAAGGAGAUCAAGUCGGCUGUCAAGAUCGCCUCGGAUCGCCAGGCUCGUCUGGGUCUCGUGCGCAACAUCCUGAGCGGCCCGGACCGCGACCGCUACGACCACUUUUUGAAGAACGGCUUCCCGGCUUGGAAGGGCACCAACUACUACUACAACCGCUACCGGCCCGGCCUGGGCACCGUGCUCUUCGGCGUCUUCCUCGUUGGCGCCGGAGCUUUCCACUACAUCGCUCUGUACAUGUCUUGGAAGCGCCAGAAGGACUUUGUCGAGCGCUACAUCAAGUUCGCCCGCAACGCCGCAUGGGGUGACAACCUCAGCAUCCCCGGAAUCGACACGACCCCGGCGCCCGCCCCCGCCCCGCCCGCCGACGAUGAGGAGGGUCCCCAGCAGCCCAUGAACCGCAAGCAGCGCCGUAUGCAGGAGCAGGUCGCCCGCAGAGAGGCCGCUAAGGAGCGCGGAGGCCGGUCCCGCAAGCCUGUCGCCGCCGCCAGCACCGGCAGCGGCACCGCCACCCCCCGCGAGGCCCCCGUUGUCCAGGCCGGCCCGACCGGCUCCAAGAAGCGCGUUGUGGCCGAGAACGGCAAGAUUCUCGUCGUCGAUUCCGUCGGAGACGUCUACCUCGAGGAACAGGAUGCGGAGGGCAACACGGAGCAGUAUCUUCUUGAUCCCAACGAACUGCCUCAACCCACUAUCCGAGACACGGCGCUCGUUCGUCUCCCCGUCUGGGCCUACAACCGCACUGUCGGCCGCGUACUUGGCCAGAACCAGGUUGACUUGGAGAUCGAUACCGAGGACCUGGAUUCUGACGAUGGCGAAAUCCAACACACCCCCAGCUCCGACUCGGCCGCCGAUGACUUUGAGCUCCUCGAGAAGUCGACUGAUUCUCUGGGCAAGGCUAAAGCUACGGGCGCGCAGACUGGCGGCAAGUCCAACAAGCGCAAGAACAAGAAGCGUUGA